GUGUGCAUCGCCAGCAUCUCGUCACACUUUCUAAGCCAAAUGCUUAGUCGAUGUGAAUGUGCAAGAUCUCGUUUCACCUCCUUCUUCGCCAAGAAAUCGUCAACAGUAUUCUUUUGAUCCGGCCCCCAACAGGAUGUGGUGUGGGACACUCACUCUCUGGUGACUGAGAAUUGCUGUAUUGUAAUAAUUGUAGAUCGUAAUUGUGUCUCAAAAAAGUGAGUCAAUCGACAAAUACAAAAGUUUGCAGUGUAGUUAAUACUGAAGUUGUUUUAGAAAAUAAAAUAAAACAGAUUUCGACAUGGGGGAGGAAGUGAAUACCCAAAGUCCAGGUCACAUUGCAGCUAGCAAUAAUCAUCUGCUAGAGCUUUUUGCAACGUUUGACUACCGUGACAAAACGGAGUGGAUGUCCAGAAAUUGGCACAUUUCUCUCGUGAUUAUCACUAUCUAUCUGGGCGUCAUUUUUCUGGGACAAGGUCUUAUGCGAGGGAGGACCCCAUUCAAUCUGAACAAAGCCCUUACCUUUUGGAACUUUGCGUUGGCUUUGUUCUCAAUUUUGGCCACAAUUCGCACACUUCCGGAACUUAUUGCCAUUCUCGUGCAGCCCAACGGGUUCCAUCAUUCCGUGUGCUCUCCUUGUGAAGAUGUGAGCCCGACCUCUGCAUUCUGGGCUUGGGCAUUUGUGCUUUCGAAGGUCCUCGAAUUGGGAGAUACGGCGUUUAUUGUUCUGCGUAAAUCGCCACUCCUAUUCCUGCACUGGUAUCACCAUUGCACGGUAUUACUUUAUUCGUUUUAUAGCUACGCUUCAUAUGUCUCAGCUGCCAGAUGGUUCGUUGUUAUGAAUUACUUGGUGCACUCGUUAAUGUAUUCGUAUUACCUAUUGAAAUCCCUAAAAUUCCGAGUUCCACGCCCCAUCGCCAUGUUUAUCACUUGCCUUCAACUGUCCCAAAUGGUCGUCGGACUAUCCGUCAAUUUCUACGCUUACACCACGAAAAUGAAUGGAGAUGCUUGUGACAUUUCCUACCACCACUUGAACAUGGGCCUGGUCAUGUACGCCUCCUAUUUCGUCCUCUUCAUCCACUUUUUCAUGCAGGCAUAUCUUGGACGCAAGUCGGCCAAAGGAAAAUUAGACGCGGCUGCCGCUCUAUCCGAAAAUAACAAUACUGAGCGAGUGACCACAAGAAGCAGAGGAGCCGCCAAGAAGGAUAAUUAAGAUUUAAAUGGCGUAUGAAACGUCAAAGUUUCUUGAUAAUGACUUGUCAAUUGCCAGUCGUCUUGUUGAUGGGUAUAAAUCAUUUCAGACCAACGAUUAAGAAUCAAUCUUUCUAUAAAAUUGUGCGGAUCAAAUGGAACUGCUUGAAGUCUAUCAAGUUCGCAAGUUUGUCAUGCCAGAAUGCAAUCUUCUUUAAAGACUCUAAUUUCACGAUGCUCAAGCUAUUUAAUACGAAUGUGUGGACAAAUGCAACUGUUAAAAUACCAGAAAAAUGAGUAGUUUUAUUUCUAUGCAAUCCAUCGCUUGUGCUACUUGUCUAGAGUAAGAAUAAUUAUCAAAAUAUUUAAUGAAUUUAAUCGGUGAUGUUAAUCCAUGUCAAAAGAUUCAAGCUUUAAAAAUAAAAUAAGUAUUUAUAUUUAAAAAAAUUCA